AUGAUCUAUUUCGCAGAUGAGCCCGCAGUCGGUGUUGGCUCUUUCAUCACACCGGCCCUCUACGUCAAGGAUCCUAUCAACGUUCAGUACAUCCUACAGCAGGACUUCAACUCGUUCAACCACAGGGGGAUUGAGAGCAUGACACCGAUGUUCACGUCAGCGAAGCUCAAGAGCAUGUACAUAAUGGAUCGCAGUGCACGGGAUUUCGUCGAUUAUCUAAAAGAGCAACUGGAGAAGUUAAAGGCGGAUGUUUUCGACACCCUAUGUACUUUCUGCAGCGCUGCUGUGGGCGCUUCAGUCUUCGGCAUAACAACCGAUUCCAUUUUUGACUCGCCCUUCCUCAAAAUGGCGCAGGCCGCUAUGAAGCCGACACGAUCACAAAACAUGAAGUUCGCUAUCGGCUCCCUAAAUACAACAUUGUUUAAAUUGCUGGGAAUGAAACAUUUUAAGGAGCACGAGGAGUUCUUCAUAAGCGCAAUAAGGCCGGUCAUACGACGGAGGGAGCAAGAAAAAAUGAGGUGGCAUGACUUUGCCGAUAUAUACGUGAAUUUGCAGAGCAACAGCAUCCUGAACUUCUGGCUGCCCAGGCGUUCUUUUUUUUCAUUACCGGCGUGGAGC